AUCCGCUCAGUGCGCAGAAACAGGGGCAGGGAGAAGUAGCGCGCGACAGCGCUCGUGCCGAAGGUUACGAGCUCGCGCGAGAGAGAGACGCAGCAGCAGUAAGGGUUCGGCGCGCGCGCAGCUUCACGCGACAGCUCUUUAGUCCUCCUGCUGAAGAUGCUCCGCGCCGUCAUGCUGCUGGUGUGUGUGUGCGCAGCGGCGGUGAUCACCGGAGCAGCCGCCCGCCAAGACAACGCCAAUUUUCUCGACGACAAAUGGCUCACAGCUCGGUGGGACAAAUUUCGUGACGAGCCUGCAUCAUGGAACCCUGGGAAGCCGCUUGAUCAAGCUCUGGAUCCUGCCAAAGACCCCUGCUUAAAGAUUAAAUGUGGCCGACACAAGCAGUGUGUGACUGAAGACUACAAAACACCCACCUGCGUUAGCCAGAUGAGAUUAAAGAGUAUGAGUUUGAAGCCUGUGCUGGUGAAGUGUAAGAGAUGUCCACUGGCACGUCCUGCACCAGUCUGUGCAACAGACAGACACACUUAUUCUACCGAGUGUCAAAUGGAGUAUCAGGCAUGUAUCUCUGGAACACAGAUUGCGGUGAAGUGUCCAGGACAGUGUCCAUGUGUGUCAGAAAUAAACAAAUCUGUGGGGAAGAAAGAGUGCAGUGAUGCUGAACUGAACAAAGUGGCGAGCAGACUGAGAGACUGGAGCAGAGAUGUGCACGAGAGCAGCAAGAAGCUCAAGCUCUCCAUACCAGACAUGAUGGACAUGACUAAGGCACCCGUUUGUAAAGGCUCCUUGGGCUGGAUGUUCACCAGACUGGACAUGAACUUUGACCUUCAUCUGGACCAGUCAGAACUGGCAGGCCUAGGCUCGGAGACUGACGACGUAUGCACAGAGACCUUCCUCAGGUCAUGUGACCUGGGUCGAGACCAGCUCAUCUCCAACAAGGAGUGGUGCUCUUGCUUCCAGAGAUACCAGGAGUCUCCCUGCCAGUCAGAGAUUAUUAACAUCCACAAACAGCAAGCCAGGAAGAAACUACUGGGACAAUAUGUCCCCUCCUGCGACGAGGAUGGCUUCUAUAAGCCUCACCAGUGCCAUGGGAGCAAUGGACAGUGCUGGUGUGUGGAUCGCUAUGGAAACAAGGUCCCCGGGUCACGCAGGAUGGGUCCGGCCGAAUGUGUAUUGGAGGGUUCUGGAGACUUUGGAAGUGGGGACUUGUUGCUCUCAGACGACGAGGACGACGUUGUGCUGAAUGAUCAGGGGGACAUGGGAGAUGAUGAAUAUGACGAAGAUGAUGAUGACAGCUACUUGUCGUAAUCGUUAUACUUUUUUUUUCUCAAAGAGGAAGGGAAAACCAAAAGCACGUUUUUAGGCGUCACUUGUAGAAAUGAAGUACUAAUAUUACUAAUGGCUUUAAAAGGUAUAUUUCCCUCUCGCUGUGUAAUAUUUGUAUUUAAAAAAUUAAUAGAACUGAGAGUACAAUGCAUUUUAUUUCUGUUAUUUGGAUGUCACUGAGCAUUUUUAAGAGUGAAUCUGCUGUAUCGCUUUGGACAGGAAGUAGGAGUGAUCACACAUAACAUACAUAGCCAUGUGCAAAAUUCUCCCUUUGAGUGAGACUCAUUAGACUCACUUUCUUAAGCUAAAUUUGAACACACACACACAGACAUAGAGCUGAUGACAUUUCUAACAGAAUUUAUUCUAAUUACAUGUUUUUUGCUGUGUGUACUUGUUUUACUGUACCUCACAAAUAUCAUUGCACUAUUUAGGUUUUAAAUUAUGAAUAUAGAGUAUAUAAGAUCAAUAAGGAUUAUAUAGGAUUAGUGCAUUUCUACCUAAAAAGCAAAGUUCUACUUUAACACGUUGAUUAUCACACAUUAUUCUUGAAUAAUGUUAGCCUAACUGCUCCCACUGCAUCUAUAACAAACACAGUGUAAUUCCCACAGACAAAAACUUUAACAAAAACAAAAAACUGUUUAUUCAGAGCUUCAUUAAUUAUUUACUCAAAGAUAUUUGUAAAAAAAAAAAACACUUCUGCACAUGCUGUUAUAGGAAAAUAAAUCAACAAUGAAUUGGUGUGAUGCACCACAAUGUGAAUUGGAGUUACUGUUACCACUCCAGAGUGUGUUAUUUUCCUAUAACUGCACAUCCUGAAGUGUUUUAUUCCUCUUACACUGCAGCGACUUGCCAACAAUUGUAAUCACUGUUUUAUUAAUGAACAACAUAUCAUACUUUUAACCGUUAAUAGUUUCAGGUAAUUUUGUAGGAUGUCCAUGAAGCGAGCAAGUUUCUGUAAUUACUGAUAUUAUAGCAGCCGUAAAUGGGCAUUCCCUCACCAGCUUCUUUUUUUCUUUUUCUAUUGACGCUCAUAAGAGAAACAAAAUGCAGCACUAAAACUGGAGACUCCUUUCAAAAAAUUGCAAUGUGCUACUUGUAUUGCAUUUUUUCUCUCUUUAUCACAGUAAAAUAAUAAUUAAGAUGUAGAACUCAGCAGGAACUGAUUCAUCAGUGAUGUCUCCAUCCACCAACAAGAUAUUUGACAUUUUCACAUUUGACCUUCUAGAAAACAGCCUAAUCAUUGGCACAAUGCACAAAUCAAGUCGACUAGUUGAGAGAAUUAGGAUAGUCAACUAAUUAUUUAAUAAUGUAUAUUGACAUUGGCUGAUAAAAGAUCUUGAUUACCAGUGGCAUUUGUUUGGAACGAACAAGCAACUGUUUUUGACAUAAUUGCAUAUUCUCAAUUGAAUUUGCAAAUUUGUUUUGGCAUCUAUGAAACUGAAGUAAAGACCUGUCUGGAUCUUGGCUCAUAGCAACACCAUCUUGACUCAUUUGAUUCAUUGGAACUCCAUUUUGACUCAUUGGAACACAAUUUUGACUCCCUGGAACUCCAUCUUGACUCAUUUGAUUCAUUGGAACACCAUCUUGACUCAUUUAAUUCCAUGGAACACUAUUUUGACUCAUUGGUACACCAUCUUGACUCAUUGGAACUCCAUCUUGACUCAUUGGAACUACAUCUUGAUUUCUUGACCCCCUUUGGGAUUUGGUAUUGACUCAAUCUCAGCUAGUCUUGAACUUGACUACACUCCUGCUGAAGGACAGGUACACUGAUACUGAGUCUGGAAACAUGACUCUUUUACAGACUCUAUGGAAACGUGUAUGGCAGACUUCUAUUACAGUAUAAGGCCCUGUCCACACGGCAACAGAUUCAGGUGAAUCCGAUAAAAUUUUUUAUCGUUUCGGCCUGGCGUCCACACGGCACCGGCGUUUUGGGUGCCCCAAAAUGAUAUUUUUUGAGAACAGUUUCCAGAGUGGAAAAAUCUGGCAACGGUGCCGUUGCGAAGUCGUCUGGAUGAGUAGAACGGAUUUGUUUACGAUGACGUCACAACCACAUGACUAGAACAAGUCAUCACGCCGGGUAGAAGAAGGGGUUUGUGCGCAUGCGUCCUACUUCUUCUAUUGUUCUGGUGUCUCCGAUGGGACCGUCUUACAGCACACGUAGAGGUGUGGCAUGUGUAUUGCAUCGUUUUCAGCAAGCAUUGCGUUGCCAUAUGUACCUGAUAUUUUACUGAUCCGUUGCCCAUGUGGAUGCGAUAUUUUUUUUUACCCGCUAAAAAAAAUCUCGUUGCCGUUGUCGUGUGGAUGUAGCCUAAGUGAGUUUCCAGUUAACAAGUUGAGGGGGUUGUGUUCUUUCUAAAGUACAGAUAAAGGUGGAGAAAAUUAAAGACAUCUGUGCGAAAAACACAUGCUACAUAUGUGGUGAAUAAAAAUUGGGUUUAAAAAAACAAAAACAUUGGAGUACUCCUCUAAUAGAGCAUUAUGUUACACACACGUCUGUGUUUGUGUUCUGGCUUUUGGGGGUGACGCCAAACCUGAGCUCAGACUCAUUGGAGUGUUUUUGUCUCUCUCUCUCUCUCUCUCUCUCUCUCUCUCUCUCUCUCUCUCACUCAUACACACACACUCACACACACACAUUUUUGUUGUUAAUGGUCAUCUUUUAGCUGUCCUGAGAUGUAUGGUGCCUUUGAGUAGAAGAGAAAGAGACUUCUAGGGAAUUUUAGCCUACAAUGUUUUUUUCCCCCUUCCACUUCUCUGUAUUUCUCCAUAUGUAUUUCUGUAGAUAGUUUAUAGUUUGCAACUGACAAAAUGUUCAAAAGUUCCAGAUGUUCAGUACGAGUAUAUCCGUAGUGUUGCUUCAUGGUCUUGAUUUGAUUCUGAGUUUUAUUUAGUAGUGUUUCAGAAUUGACAGCAACGUCAGAGCAAAAUAGAGAAACUAGAAAGAGAAACUCCCCCUUUAUUCCCCUAUGCACAUCUGUCCAGCUGUUGAUAUACAAGUUUCAAAUGCAUUUUUUUACAGUGUAUGUAAUAUUUGCUGAAAUAAACUUCUAUCAACCUGAA